CGGUGGGUGCGCGCGGGAGCAAGAUGGCCACCACCAAGCGUGUGCUGUACGUGGGUGGGCUGGCAGAGGAAGUGGACGACAAAGUUCUUCACGCUGCUUUUAUCCCAUUUGGAGACAUCACAGAUAUUCAGAUUCCCCUGGAUUAUGAAACAGAAAAGCACCGAGGAUUUGCUUUUGUUGAAUUUGAGUUGGCAGAGGAUGCCGCGGCAGCUAUUGACAACAUGAAUGAAUCUGAGCUCUUUGGACGGACAAUUCGUGUCAAUUUGGCAAAACCAAUGAGGAUCAAGGAAGGCUCUUCCAGACCAGUGUGGUCAGAUGAUGACUGGUUGAAGAAGUUCUCUGGGAAGACUCUCGAAGAGAAUAAAGAGGAAGAAGGGUCAGAGCCUCCCAAAGUGGAGACCCAGGAGGGAGAGCCUGCUGCGAAAAAGGCCCGAUCAAAUCCUCAGGUGUACAUGGACAUCAAGAUUGGGAACAAGCCAGCCGGUCGCAUCCAGAUGCUCCUGCGUUCAGACGUUGUCCCCAUGACGGCAGAGAAUUUCCGAUGCCUGUGCACCCAUGAGAAGGGCUUCGGCUUUAAGGGAAGUAGCUUUCACCGCAUCAUCCCCCAGUUCAUGUGCCAGGGCGGCGAUUUCACAAACCACAAUGGCACUGGGGGCAAGUCCAUCUACGGGAAGAAAUUCGAUGAUGAGAACUUUAUCCUCAAACACACGGGACCAGGCCUGCUCUCCAUGGCCAACUCCGGCCCAAACACCAACGGCUCCCAGUUCUUCCUGACGUGUGACAAGACGGAUUGGCUGGAUGGCAAGCACGUGGUGUUCGGGGAGGUCACAGAAGGCCUGGAUGUCUUGCGGCAGAUUGAGGCCCAGGGCAGCAAGGAUGGGAAGCCAAAGCAGAAGGUAAUCAUUGCCGACUGUGGGGAGUACGUGUGAGUCCGCAAAGUCUCGGCACUGCCCCUGCGUAUCCAGGAGGGAGCUGUCAGCCUGGGAACCAGCACCUGAGGGUGUCUGUCCCCUUUGCGGCAAGCAGGGGUUUGUGUCGUGGCCCUUCUUGGACUCAGCUCGGAGCACCUCUUCUGCAGGUACGGCCUGGGCUCCCUCUGGCUCUUUCCCAGGCGUGGCCGUGGGCCUGGGAGCCGGCACAGGGGCCGCCUUCCCCACUGUGGACAGGCUGUGCGUGGUCUUUUCCGGCCUUUGCUGCCACGGCUUCUCCUUGGCCCGCCAGUGUGGCUCCUGGACGUUUCUUCUAGUAAAAUAAAUCCUAGUUCCUGUAUUGCCGAGUCCAGCUAGUUCCUAGCAGUUGUCAGAGAUUAUGUCUGUGGCUAAGCUGUCCUGCUGAAUUAGGCUGGCAAAGGGAUGGGGCAUAGCUUUUCUCUACUCCCUUGGAUAGUUCCCUGAGAUGCCAAGUAAUAGAUCUUCAAGCCAGGUUCCCUUGUCAGAUCAUUGUCAGGACGGUGGAAAUCAAAGAUAGUGGAGAAAUUCCUGUCUUCUGCUGCCUGUGCUCCUAAACUCAUGCUGGCUAGUCUUGUAGGCAGCAAGUGUAGUUACAACUCUCAGUGAUUCAUGUGUUUAUUUCUUCAUAUUCACUCUACAGAUAUUAAGUAAGCUCUGUGCCCAGCGUAGGGCUUGAACUCACAACCCAGAGGUCAGGAGCCACAUGCUGUACUGACUGAGCCAGCCAGGUGCUCCCAUUCUACAGAAUUUUUCACACAAUAUUUUAUAACUCAAAAUGCCUUCUCUGUGCCACGUACUAUGCUUAUUUGUCUGGAGACAAGAUGUCACCCAGCUACCUGGGUCUAACUAACCUGCCUUUUUUGUGAAUAAAGUUAUUGGAACACAGCCA